GUUUGUAUAGAAUGGUUGCAAAGGAUAUGGAAAUUCUCGCUCGAAUUUUUGCCUGUUAUGAAUCUCAAUAUGAGUACAACAUUAUUGGAAGAAAAAGUAUUGUUUGAAAUGCAAAUUAUACGUCCGUGGGAUGAUACUUGGGUGAUGUUUCCAAAAGAAGCUACCCUUACUCGCAUGAAGAAUGGGCCACAACUUCCAGCAAAGCUUCUUAACCCUAAAUUGACAGAGAUUUAUCCUAAGAGCUCAUAUCGAAUUGUUUGGAUAUUACCAUAUAGCAAGCCAUCUCAAGGUUCUUAUGAGCAUCAGAUUAUUUUGACGUACAAUAUCAUGCCAGUGAAAGCAGAAGAUUGCGAUGUGCCUAUGAAUAUAUUUUCAAGAGAUUAUUUAUUCAUGGAUGAAGCAUUUAUUUCUGCGAAAGGGCCUUCUUACGAACUCUGUGCUCAGUUGCUCUCUUCUCAGCCUGGUGCUGCAUUAUGUCGUAUUGAUAAUGAAUGUGAUAUGAUUAUUUCACUUCGAAGUCUUACGAAUCAGGUUGAAACAAUUAUGAUAAAUUUAGAUUCAGACCCGACGUUCUGGGAUAUUAGAGAGCGAAAUAAAUUUUUAUGUGUUAAAGAAAGUGGCCUGGGACAAAUAUCUUUCUCAAUAAUUCCCAAAAUGGUUGGAUUUUUGCCUUAUCCGUCAAUAAAUAUAUAUUGUUGUGCCGAUAAAAGAAUGAUUACGUUUUGUAUCAGUUUUUCUCAAUUAUUGAAGAAUUUAUUUGUUAAAUUUAUUAAAAACUAUUCUUAUGAAAUAAUAUACGUUUAUGUCUAUUUAUGUCUGCAGGAAAAAUCGAGUACAAUACGAGAUGAAAUAGUUGGUGAUUUUAAUGAAAAAAUAGUUAGUUUCGUGCGAACAAGCGAUAAGCAGGUCCAUGUUCUGGGGCCAUUUGCCUCAACUAGCGAACAACGAGUAAAACGUGGUGAAAAAUCGGGUCGUCUAAAGGAAGCGAAAAGUCGAAUUUCCAAGUUUUUUGAGCAAACAUAA